AUGGAUUACACAUCUAUCCUCACGUUCCUGUACUCGCAAUUCUUCAUCACUCCCAAAUAUCCAGAGCAAUCGUGCAAGGGACAAACCUUUAUUGUCACCGGUGCAAAUGUCGGCUUGGGACGUGAAGCAUCCCGUCACUUGGUACGCCUUGGUGCAGACAAGGUCAUCCUCGCAUGCAGAAACUUGGAGAAAGGCGAAGCGGCAGUCAGAGACAUCGAGCAGAGCACUAAGAGGACGGGAGUAGCAGAAGUGUGGUCGCUAGACCUUUCUUCCUUCGAGAGUGUCAAAGAGUUCGCAAAAAGAGUCGAUACAUUGCCUCGCAUUGACGCCAUAGUCGAAAAUGCUGGCAUCAGCACCGAGAAAUUUCAACUGUUCGAGGGACAGGAGUCGACGAUAACAGUGAACGUAAUUUCGACCUUCCUUCUCGCCCUCCUCGUCUUGCCCGCACUAAAGCGAUCUUCUCAAAAACACAACAUCCAACCCAGACUCACCAUCGUCGCUUCCGAAGUUCACCACUGGACAGAUCUUCCCGAGCGAAAGAAGGGCGAUUCGAUUCUCGACGCUCUGGCAACACCCGAGCUCUCCGAGAUGGGUAUCAGAUAUCCUGUUAGCAAGCUUAUGGAUGUCUUCGGUACUCGCGCUCUGGUCGAGAGGACAGGAUCAUCAUAUCCUGUUACCAUAAAUACCAUGAACCCUGGCUUCUGCUACAGCGAGCUGUCUAGAGAACACAGCGGCAUUGCUUUCCAAUUGAUGUACAAGCUCUUGGCCAGGACUACUGAAGUGGGUAGCAGAACACUUGUCGCUGCUGCACUGGCUUCGCACGAGACUCAUGGUCAGUACAUGAGUAACUGUUUGGUCGAGGAGCCUUCCAAGUUUGUCAGGAGUGAAGAGGGCGAAAAGACACAGGAGAAGGUCUGGGCAGAAUUGACUGCCAAGCUAGAGGAGAUUCAGCCUGGUAUCCUCAAGAACAUCUAA